AUUCUUUGAAGGAAAAUUUUUAAUAAAUAAUAGUAUACACUAACGAGGAGUGACCUAAAUAUUUUAUCGUUUUGGUGCAUGCAGUUGCAAGAAAAAAUCAUAGAAUGUUUGGUUUCAGCGUAAGAACACUUGCCAAUGGCCUCGGUUCGCCGCGCUCCACCGGCUCUCCCGGUUCCGCCUCCGGCUCGCCCAGCCGGCCCGAUUCCCCCAAAGGCCACGAGGUCGGGGAGAUCGACACCCGGGCGCCCUUCGAGUCCGUCCGGGCUGCCGUAAGCCUUUUCGGCGACUCCGGCUCUCCCCGCGCAAGGCCCGUCACCAAAAAGACCAAGGCGGAAGAGCAAAAAUUGCUCGAAAAGGAAGCGCAGCACCACGUGAUCUUACGCGAACUCGAUCACUACAAAGAUCAGCUGCAGGCGGCGAAAGCCGCCAAGGCGGAGGCGGCGCGCGACCUCAAGUCGGCGAACGAAACCGUCCAACAGCUCACCAACAAACUCGAGGCGUUAAGCGAAUCGAAGCAAGAUGCAAUCCAAGCGACGGAAGCUGCGAAAGCUCGCGCCAUGGAGCUCGAGGAGAAGAAGUCGAUUCAGGCCGAUUUGGGCGUCGACGCCUGGAAAUCCGACGUCGAUGCCGAGAGAGAACUCUACAAGUCGUCGUCGCAGGAACUCAUCAGCUCCAAACAGGAGCUCACGAAUCUCCGGCAGGACUUCGACGCCGCCCUGGAGGCGAAACUCGCCGCCUUCCAGGAAGCGGAGAACGCCGCGCAGGCUGCGCAGGCGAACCAGGAGACGCGCGAGCAGCUCUUGGGGGAAGUCGCUGUUUUAAACAAGACGCUCGAGCAAGUCAAGCUCGCGUCGCUCCAGGCCGAAGAGGACCACAUGAAACUCAUCGCCGAGAAGGAGAUUCACCUCAUCGUUCAUAAGACCGCCAAGGAAGCCGCCGAGGAGGAGAUCGAGCGGCUGAAACAUGAAUACGGAGACGACGAGAAUCUACAGGAGAAGCUCGAAGAAACUAGCGUCGCGACGGAGGUUUUGCAGGAGCAACUGAAGGGGGUGCGGGCGUCGGAUUUGAAUUCGUUAACAGAGUUGCAGUCGGAGCUCAACGCCGCAAGAAAAGAACUUAAAGAAUCGACGGAUGAAGAGGCGGUGAUCAGGAAUUUCGUGCUUUCGCUGACUCUGCAACUCGAGGAAGCGAGGAAGAAGCUUCCAGAAUCAGAUAAAAUCGCGCUGGAAGCAGAGACAAAGGUCGAGCAGUUGCAGUUCGAUUUGGAGAACACGAAGGCAGAGCUCGACGCCGCAAUGUCGAGGGACAUUAUAAGCGAAACGCAAGCGCAGCUGAAUAAGUUACUGAAAGACGCCGAGAAGGACAGAAGCGAAGCGGAGAAGAUAACGAAGGAAGUCGAGUCAUUAUGGGAAGAAGCCGAAGCAGCUAAGGUUGCAUCGAAGGAAGUCGACGAAAAGCUCGAAAUGGCGAUCAAGGAGGCGGAGGCAGCGAAAGUCGCGUCAAAGCAAGCAGAUGAUCAAAUUUACAAUUCUCCAAGAGGUGAUGUCGACAAAGAUUCAGGGAGCAUCCCGAUCAGGAAGAUCAAGCUGUCGACGGAGGAAUUCAAGUCGAUGAACAAUAAGAUCGAGGAAAGUACAAAGCAGGCGGACGAGAAGGAAGCGAUUCUAAUGGCGCAAAUACAGAGCCUAACCGAUCGCAAGAAUGAAGUGCAAAAGAAAAUUGAGGAGUUAUUGAAAGAAUGUGAGGCUACACAGUCGGAGAUCGAGGAUGCCGAGAAGCAAGCCGAGGUGGCGGAGGUCGCAAAAUCAGUCGUCAAGAAAGAGCUUGGGAAAUGGCUCGAGACGGGACACGGAGAAGCAACUUCUAUACCUGAAGAAAAAUGAAAACGAUCCCGCCAACGGGAUUGUUAACCUUUCACUCGAUGCGUUCGAAUGUCUAUCAUCCUAUCAUCGAAAGUAAAUACGAUCUUAAGUGUAAGACGAGGAGCAAAACUUCGAAUGUUUAUAAACAGAUCGGAUUGCUCGAACAAUCAAACGAAGUAUUUCCAUCCGCGAAAAGAAAAAAACACACGGAAAUGAACAUCGAAGAGCUUAUAACAAACGGAUAAAAACAGUGC